AUGUUUUCUGUUCUUCUUUAUAGAUAUACGAAACCGCAAUCUUUUGAAGACUGUGUCGGAGAUGAGUUGCCCGUUGGCUGGGAGGAGGCUUACGAUCCAAGCAUAGGACGAUACUAUAUAAAUCACAUAGCACAAAGUACACAACUCGAAGAUCCACGUCAGGAAUGGAAAUCAGUGCAAGAGCAAAUGUUAAGUGAUUAUUUAUCAGCGGCACAGGAUCAACUGGAAAAUAAACGAGAAAUGUUUGAUGUGAAGCAGCAACGUUUGCUUAUAGCACAAGAUGAAUACAAUCACCUUAAUAAAUUGGCAGCGAGUCGAAGCAGCUUAUGUUCAUCGUCAAGCUCUAUGAGCAGACAUGAUCCAGAACUGCUACGCGCCGAUCUUGCUUUGGCACGAGAGCGUGUGCGACAACUUAAGCAAGAACUGAAUCAUAUAACUAAUGACAUAACGUUUACGGAACGUGGCAUGAGUACCUUGUAUUCAGUGGGUGAGAAAAUCAAUGCGCGCCAAAAUGGCUGUUAUGAUAUCGCUGAAGUACAGGCCAUACACGAAGAGAUGCUAAAGGUGCACAAAUCGCUAGUAUCAGGUGAAAAAGUGCGUGAAGAAUUGAUGCGUAGCCUAGUGCAAAUUAAAAACGAAUUAAGCCGUCAACAAAUAAAUGAAGAAAAUGCUGACUUCAUGAAUACCACUUCUCCAUUUGAUCGUGUAUGCGUUGCGUCGCAAACAGAUCUUUGUGGCGCCGGUGAUAACAUGAAUAGUGGCGCACGUUUCGCAGAAAUGGCGAAAACGAAACUGCAAUAUGCAGAAUGGCGUAAACAUAUUAAAAAUUUGCAACAGCAGUUGGCUGAUCAUGUGGAGCGCAUAGAACCCGGUCAAUUGGAAUCUGAUAAAGAUCGUAUUCUCUUAAUACAGGAAAAGGAGAAAUUACUUAAUGAACUGAAUAGCAUUUCAAAUAAAUCGCGUACACCUGAAGAAAUAGAAGUCAUACAAAAAACGCGUCGCAAACUGGAAGAUGAUUUGAAUGAAGCGCACGAAGCUACAAGUCAAUGUAUUGCCAAUCGUUUGCGUUUCCAUGAAGAAAAGCAAUUAUUGCUAGACAAGCUACAAGAAGCAAUUAAAUACACAAAAAUGCUAGAGGAACGUUUGAAAUCCUUUUCCUCUGAAAGCACAUUUUCAAUUAGUAGCGGUUCCAGUUUGGGUUCACUUUCUACAGCGAGUAGCAAGAGUGCUCUUAGUUUUACAGAUAUUUAUAUUGAUCCGUUUGCUGUAGAUCCACAAAUAGAUGUGGUUGACUUAAGUCGCCGAUCACAACGUCUAUUCCAGCACCUGCAAGCACAACAAGCUGCACAACAAUCACUCGCACAACAUCCACAACUGCAACAACAACAAUCUUCAGAGAUUUCUCUGUCACCACGCAGCAGUCUUUCAAUGGAAACACCACCCGCCUCGCCUAUGAAAUAUAAUUCAACAACAGAUCCAAAAGAAGAACGUACAUAUGCAAAUACUUCUGCUCCGUUAGCACCACAAUAUCAGUCUAAUAAUGCAGCUACAACUACAAAUGCACGCACGCAUCCUAAUGAUUUGGAUACAUUCGUGCUUGACUGCAUGAUGCUGGAAGCAAAACUACAGAAACUCAAUAUGUCUUCACCAAUUAAUUUGGCUGCACCACUGUCUCCAAUUUCAGAAAAACCAUCUCUGCUGGAUUUGCCACAAGAAAUGGUCAGUCGUUCAUCUUCAACCUCGAAUACACGUUCUGUUUCAGCGGCAGUGAGUAAUGAAUCAGUUGCUGGCGAUUCAGGUGUAUUUGAGGCGUCUAGAGCACACUUACCCCGCAAGGAAUUAGCGCAACUACAAAUUGGUUUGAAAUAUUUGAAACAAAAAGGAGUGCUGGUGGUGUCCUUAGAGCGUGCGAAUAAUCUGUCGGCAUUAUGGACAGCUACAACGGACAAUUCACAAGUUUAUUUACGUGCCGCUUUACUACCAAAUUCGCUUACAUCAAUUCGCACAAAUGCCGUAUCAGACUUUCAUAAGCCCGUCUUCAGUGAAACGUUUGCCGUGCCAAUAUCGCUUAGCAAACUACAAACAAAGAGUCUUCAAGUGACGGUAGUCAGCAUGACUGGACAAAAAGAGGAAAUAAUUGGCACUGUGCAAAUAAGCAUGGCCGAAUUUAAUCCAGAUGAUUCAACGCUGAAGUGGUACAACGUGCUCAGUUCCAAAUUCAUAAAUACUUUCGAGCCACUCGAUAUGCCGUCUACAAGUGCUGCAGCCGUAGCGGCGGCUACAGCACUGGCUGCAACAACCACACAUACAACAGCUACUGUAACUACUGCCACCAACUGUAAAGAAGAAUCUUCGGAUGAAUCCACAAUAACAUCGUCACAAACAUCAACGUUAACGCGCAAUCAAGCGCCACCUUUCGAAUUACAAGAACAAAUUACUGAAGAAGUAACAGAAAACUUAAAUGGUGAAGAUGAAGAUGAUGAUGAUGAUGACGAUGAUGAUGAUGAAGAAGAGGAAGAGGAGGAGGAAUUGGAAGGAGCCGUUGGUGGUUCUACAGAUGCUUUCGUGGCUGCUUAUUUGAUGAAACAAGAAUAUGCUGACAAACAAACAAAUACAGAAUGUGCUUUUCCACCAGAAAAAUCUCGUUCCAGCCAACAACAACAGAUGUCAGAUGAUAGGCCUGUGAAACGUUCGCAAACCUUCACACCUUCAGCUGCCGUGGGUAAAAAUCGUUAUAUAUGCCGUUUAAAUCGCAGUGAUUCUGAUUCUGCCAUGCAUUUCGGUGUGACACCGCAUCCUUUCCAUCGUGGUGCCAUUGAGCGUCGUUCAUUACGCAUACAUCCCAAAGCACCAAAAUCAGUGACAAAACUACAUCAUACUCAUAUACCUAGAACAAGUUUAGAUUUGGAGUUGGACUUACAGGCGCAGCAUAGUAAGCUUUAUUAUCUUAAUGAUGAAAUAUCCAAGCUGCAAAACUUGAAAGAAACUUUAGAAAAAGCGCGCGAUAAUAUGGAUCCUUUGAUUGCCUCUUGGGCGAUGGAAAAUGAGGAAUUCCAACGUUUAGUUGAACGUGCGGAUCCUUCUAAGUGUCCUGAAGAAAAGCAAUUACAAAAACUACUAAUCAAAACAACCAAAGAAAUUUAUAAGCUGCGUAAAACAAAAGUGCCUAAAGGUUGUCCGGAUUUAGUAUCAUUCAAAGAAAAAAUAUCAUUCUUUACACGCAAAGGACUUUCAGUACCUGAGCUUCCACUUGAUUUUUUAAUACCUGAAGCUGAUUCAAUAGAGGAGGAGGAGGAAGAAGAAGAAGAUGAUGAAGAUAAUGCCGCAGAAACAGCCAUUGCUAUAAAUACAGCUCUUGUUGCUAGCAGCAAUAGGAAUAAGAAUCUCAGCGAUAAUCAUUCAGGCGGUCGUAGAGAAAUACCAGCGUACAAAUGUAACGCCAUAUCGAUGAGCACAAAUGUUACAACAACACCAACUCAAGCGACUCAAGCGACACCCACAAUAACAGCAACUGUUCCAACAUUAGAGAAAACAUUAUCAAAUAACACAACUAACAAUGAAAACGAUGAUGUGAACCCAACAGAAACGUCAAAAGAUGGCCAUCGUUACACUUAUGUUGUUGACCCUACCUAUGGAGUAGAGGUUUAACUUAGAUUACUGUUUGAUUGGUAGGGCAGCAAGAUAUUAGUAAUUUUAAUUACACUUGUAUAUUAUUGUAAUUUAUUUAAUUUAU